AUGGCACAGACAGGCGGCACAUAUCAUCGCGAAUCCUCAUGGUCAUAUAGUGUAAGCAUAGGCGGUAAGCCCAUACUCAGGUCACGUCCAGAUAAUAAAGAGCAUGAGCCUGAUGCGAGACCACCAAAACCAAGCUACGACGCUGAAAAAGAAGACGAGACAAAUAUCAGCGAGGAUUGGGAGAGCGUCGAAUGGCCCAUCGCACAACCCACCGUAGAGCCCGUUGUGGAGCCCAUGGUAGACGACACAGAACCAGAGGAAGUAGGCUACCGUAACGUACGCAGCCAGUUCACAUUCGACGUCGGCUGGGGAAGCUGGAGAACAACUGUGUUCAAAUGGGAUAUGAACGCUAGGUUCAAAGAGUCGUGA